CUGUCAUUUGAUGUAAUGUAUACCAAACGUAAAGUCAACAAAAAUACCCGCUUUUCGCAAUCUCUCAAAGAUCAUGUGAUAUUUACACUUAGCAGUGCUUCCAUGCAUGGCUUAAUCCAUGCGGUUCGCAGCAAUCGUCUGCUAUUCGAAAGAUUUUUAUGGAUCGGACUGGUCAUCGGUGCAUUUUCGGUUGCAACGUAUCAGGCAUUGCAAGCGUGGAACCGGUACGACACAAGCCCGGUUGUUAUCACAAUCGAAAAGGAUUUUUUCAAUUGGGAAACUGAAUUUCCGGCGGUUUUUUUCUGCGCCAGAGCUAAACUCACAACAGCGUACAAAUUCCUAAAAAUCUUCAGAAACAAAUAUAACAUUUCCGCAAGCGUUGAACAGUUGGAGGGCUACGUCGAUGAUCUCCUGUUUACGACUUACGAAAACUACUCAAGUUUGGAAAAAUACGCCAAUGGCUCACAAGACGAUUUCGUCCCGACUGACUUGUAUUUGGAAUUAGUGAAUUUUACGUCGUUUCGUAUCCCCAAAAAUUCCAACAAAACCAAAAUAAAGUACAGCGAAUGGCCGAAAAAUGUCAACGGAGAGUAUUCAUUCGUGUUGACCGAAUUUGGCUUUUGUCAGUGCUUUCAUUCAAAAGUUGCAGGAUUUUUUAACAUUGACAAUUUUACCAUUGAUGGUGCCACAAAUACGACUUUCCUCCCCAUUACCAAAAAAUACAAAGAACCGGCACUAACUCUAUCACAGUCUGACUUUUCCCAAACUAAUUUUUUAUUCGUAAUUGGCACCAACGAAAUCAUUGACAUAACGUCGCAAUAUUUCGUAGUAACACCGCAAACACUAGGCGAUGUUUUCUUAGACAUUGUGGACAUUGUGGGUGACGAAGACAUUAAAAUGUUGUCUCCAAAACAAAGAAACUGCAGAUAUUGGAACGAAGCGGACGACUUGGGGCACAGUCGAGUUUACAGCUACAAUCUCUGCCGCAGAGAAUGCAGAAUUCAACUGUGCCUCAAAUUUUGUUAUUGCACACCGUAUUAUUACAAAAGAAUCGAUAAUGAACCCAUUUGUAACAUGAGCGGGAUGUUUUGCUUAUCAAAAUAUCCAGAAAUUCUAACUUUGCUUGACCCCAAAACUGGAGAGGAUCUAUGCCCGUGUUUCCAGAGCUGUGAUUUUCAAAGAAUCACUGCCGAGUUGACCAUAAAAGCGACUUGGUUUUUCGGUUCUAAGGUGACAGUCAAUUUGGAGCGUUUUCCGCGAGAGCGGUACAAGCGAACUUUGAUUUUUACUCGAACUGAUCUUUUGAUCCAAAUUGGGAGUUUGUUUGGGUUAUUUUUAGGUUGCAGCGUUUUGAGUUUGAUCGAGAUUCCUUACUUUUUGACUCUGCGAUUUUUCUGGGGCGUUUUUGGUAAUAGAAGAAUAAAACCGCGGGUUUGAAAACGUCAGUGAUUAAAUUAAGUCGCUACACUUAGUUUAAUGAAGCUUUCUCUGGCAAUAUUGGGGAUUAAGGAGUUGCGUCUUUGCUUAAUUAUUAAAGAGCAAUCUAAUUUAGAUAUCACUAUGAACUAAUCGGCGCGAAAUUGAAUUAUUGGGGGAGCAAUUUAAAGCGAAAAGUGAUGAGAUUCUAGUAAUUUAAAUGGAAAUUGUAAUAGGUUAAAACUAUGCCGAUUCUGUUUGUUUUGAGGAUUAUAAAUGGAAAGAGGCGUAAUGAAUGCUUCCCUCAUUGCGAGUAUGGCUGACAUUGGACUCUCGAGUCUAAUUCAGAAGUAACAAUUUCUUGGGAGAUAAAUUCAAAUGUGUGUAAUAAAUGUCAAAGUUUUUUCAUCUUUUGCGCGUCUAGACGAGCACAAACACCGAUUUCUGUUUGAAAUAAAAUUUUCAUCUUCA